CAUUCUGGAUUUGGUGACAGACCUCUCAACCUUCUACCAAAAGAAAAUGUCCAUCCAAGUCGAGCAUCCUGCUAGUGGUUACAAGAAACUGUUCGAAACUGUGGAGGAACUCUCCUCACCACUCACGGCUCAUGUUACAGGCAGGAUUCCUCUCUGGCUCACCGGCAGUCUCCUUCGAUGUGGGCCAGGACUCUUCGAAGUUGGAUCUGAGCCAUUUUACCACCUAUUUGAUGGGCAAGCCCUCCUGCACAAGUUUGACUUUAAAGAAGGACAUGUCACAUACUAUAGAAGGUUCAUCCGCACUGAUGCUUACGUACGGGCAAUGACUGAGAAAAGGAUCGUCAUCACAGAAUUUGGCACCUAUGCUUUCCCAGAUCCCUGCAAGAAUAUAUUUUCCAGGUUUUUUUCUUACUUUCGAGGAGUAGAGAUUACUGACAAUGCCCUUGUUAAUGUCUACCCAGUGGGGGAAGAUUACUAUGCCUGCACAGAGACCAACUUCAUUACAAAAAUUAAUCCCGAGACCUUGGAGACAAUUAAGCAGGUUGAUCUUUGUAACUAUGUCUCAGUUAAUGGAGCCACAGCUCACCCCCACAUUGAAAGUGAUGGAACUGUUUACAACAUUGGUAAUUGCUUUGGGAAAAAUUUUUCAUUUGCCUACAAUAUUAUAAAGAUUCCUCCACUACAAGCAGAUAAGGAAGAUCCAAUAAGCAAGUCAGAGAUCGUUGUACAAUUCCCCUGCAGUGACCGAUUCAAGCCAUCUUACGUCCAUAGUUUUGGUUUGACUCCCAACUACAUUGUUUUUGUGGAGACACCAGUCAAAAUUAACCUGUUCAAGUUUCUUUCUUCAUGGAGUCUUUGGGGAGCCAACUACAUGGAUUGUUUUGAGUCCAAUGAAACCAUGGGGGUUUGGCUUCAUGUUGCUGACAAAAAAAGAAGAAAGUAUCUCAAUAAUAAAUACAGGACCUCUCCUUUUAACCUUUUCCAUCACAUCAAUACCUUUGAAGACAAUGAGUUUCUGAUUGUGGAUCUCUGUUGCUGGAAAGGAUUUGAAUUUGUUUAUAAUUACUUAUAUUUAGCCAAUUUACGUGAGAACUGGGAAGAAGUGAAAAAAAAUGCCAGAAAGGCUCCCCAGCCUGAAGUUAGGAGAUAUGUGCUUCCUCUGAAUAUUGACAAGGCUGACACAGGAAAGAAUUUAGUCUCACUGCCCAACACAACUGCCACUGCAAUUCUGUGCAGUGAUGAGACCAUCUGGCUGGAACCUGAGGUUCUCUUUUCGGGGCCUCGCCAAGCAUUUGAGUUUCCUCAAAUCAAUUAUCAGAAGUAUGGUGGGAAACCUUAUACAUACGCAUAUGGACUUGGCUUGAAUCACUUUGUUCCAGACAGGCUCUGUAAGCUGAAUGUCAAAACUAAAGAAACUUGGGUAUGGCAAGAGCCUUAUUCAUACCCAUCGGAACCCAUCUUUGUUUCUCAUCCUGAUGCCUUGGAAGAAGAUGAUGGUGUAGUUCUGAGUGUGGUGGUGAGCCCUGGGGCAGGACAAAAGCCCGCUUAUCUCCUGAUUCUGAAUGCCAAGGACUUGAGUGAAGUUGCCAGGGCCGAAGUGGAGGUUAACAUCCCUGUCACCUUUCAUGGACUCUUCAAAAAAUCCUAGCAAGAUAUGUUUUUAGUGACAAGACCAAGAAAAACGUUGUAAGGUCUGCAAUCAAAUUCUGUUCAGUUUUAGCCUGCUGUAUGAUAUGGUUUUCACUUGCAGAUGUACACUAUUUUGCAAUAUUUUAUGAAAAGCACAGAGUUGAGCAAUUAAUUGCUGUUUUUAAAAAAGUAUCUGUUUAGAAAAGCAGGCUCUCUGGGAGACAGACCAUAACUAAAGAACUCUGUAUAGUUAGCAAGCAAUUAGAAAAUGAAUGUGAAUUUAUUAAACUUUUUAUUCCUGUUAUAAAAGUGUAUUUUAGGUACCUAUCUGUUCCAAUAAUUUUUUAACAUUUAAAAGCCAAAGUUCUCUAUACCUGAUUGUAUGAGGCUUUGCUGCUAAGGCAGUAUCAUGCAGAAUGGCUUAGUUACUAAAUGUCAAACCAAACUCUUUUUCAAACUGGAAACUAUCAUCUAAGAGUGAUCGCUAUAAUUGUAUGCACAUAUAUAUUACUACUCAAAGAUUCUCAAGCUUUAUGAACUUUAACAUUUUCAUUUAAUAUAAGCAAUUACUACUAUUCCUGAUUUUUAAAUGAGGAAACCUAUCUCCACUCAACUGAAGGCGCUCAACCAAGUAACAUCUUGGAGAUUAAGUUAUUUUUUUUAACCUUAUAUAACAUCAAAGCAGCUACAUAUAGUAGUGAUUGUAAUUUUUUGAAAAGCAGAGGAUAAAAUACUUAAAAAUAUAAUUUCUACUUAAAAUUGGAGUAUGAGAUAAUAUUGGGUGUUAUACUUUGUUGCCUCUUCUGUUUAAUUAUAUUUAAGCACUGUGUAAUUACCUGACCAAAGAGAGAGAAAUAUUAAAUUAUUAGCAUUUAGAUAUUAAUGCAAUUUAAGCACUUUUGUUUUUAAAAUUACUCUCUUCUAUGCUACACGUUGGGAAAACAAGAAGAUUGACAAAAAGGUUUAUUCUAUAUAUUAAUCCUGGUAUCUAUUUUAUGCUCAAAAGUAUUACAUAUCAU